UUAAAAACUACAAACAUAAUCGGGAAUAUAAUCCGACACUUCCUGUCGAUUGACUCCGCGAUCUCAACAGGUGUUCGCUUUAAGGGGUCGUACGACGGGGUAGAGGGGGUCUGGCGGUCAAAAUUGGGUGUUUCGGGCGUUUCAGGUGGGUGCAAAAUACCGGUACAAACGACAAACCAGAUGUCCAGUGCGUUCACAUAUGAGAUGUUGGGCAGCCUUUCUCGGGCCUCUUUGGCUACCGUAACAAACGUUAACAUUGUUGUGAUGCCUAACGUAAUGCGGGCCGGAGUGGCCGUUAUCUCCAUCCAGAAGGAUAUCCACGAGACUAUUAUGACCAGAGAUGUGGGCAAAUAUAGAUCGAGUAGGGCUCGGACUAUACGACAUAAGCUUAAAGCCCGUCAUAUAGAAGUUGGUGUCGGAGUUGAACGGUUCCACUCGUGUCCACUCAACCGCCAAAUGAUCAUCAGAGAGAUCGCUGGACACAAACGAUACGUAACACUUCUGUGUGUCAAACGGAUAGUAUUGGAAAUUCAUUUGGCAAAACAGAUCCAAAUUAAGUCUAUAUUGUUUUGCACAAACCUUUUUCUAACUCUAACGUAUCCAUCGGUGGUGACUCUCAUGAGCACAAUCUUGGCGUCUCUGUCCAAAGCGGACGGAUUUUUAUUGUUGGGCACCCGAAGCUUCGGCGACCAAAUCCUAUCCAAAUGCCAAUCACUGCCUUCAAUAGUGACACUGCCCUCAGUCGGGCACAAGUCGUCGGUGACGGCCAGUCGGGAGUCGGCCCACUCCAAGUCCGCCAAUAGAUUUAUAUUGAAUUCAGACUCUUUUUCAUUGACGGCAGCCAUUGAAUACAUUUCCACACUUAUGUUCACCAAUACCUGGGAACCUCUUCUGCAAGCGGGUAAUCAGGUAGUCAAUUCAGUGACUAUCGAUGUGUUGCAUAAUGUAAUUACUUACUGUUCAACAUUUUCCAUCACCUCAUCCACAAAAUAUCCGCCCAUUAGUCCAUCAGUUAAGUCACUGAUAGCUACCAUUCCUCCGGUUCUGAGUCGUUGGAAAAAUGAUUUCAUUAACGAAAAGUAUAUUGAAAAUAUAGCAGUGUUGCAUAAUGACCUACAAUUAUCACCCGAUAUAACGGGUGCUUUGUUCACGCCGUUGGGAACCGCUGGACCUGAAGUCUUCUCCAGCGUUGUCGGAGUGUUUGUCACUGAAGGCAAUAUCGGAACAGGAGCGAUCAUAGGCUCUGCUGUAUUCAAUUUGCUGAUAAUACCGGCCGCCUGUUCCCUAACAAGUAUCUACUUUCGUCCGGCAUCAAUGCUAGUGCUGUUGUUUAUACUGAUUGUGGUAUUCCUCUACUAUAACGCCCAACUGAUGGACAAACUAAAGGCUGCGCUCACGAAGAACAGAGUGGCCGAUGACCAGUGUAUCUGUCGGGACAUUGAAUGUAACGACAAUUGUACGCAAACUAAACCAUUCGAUGAAAAGUCGCCGCUAUUGGCCGACAGACAGACUUCGUAUUCAAUACAAUACCCGCCCAACUAUUCGCCCGACCUUUCAUUCACCUGUGAAGAGACCUCUAAUCAGCCGUUAACCUGCGGUUCCUGUUCCCGAGCACACACAGGAAAGACAUGCCACACCACUACAGGGGGUACUCCGAAGAGUACAUGGAUUGCUAGCACUUUGGGUGACAACGGCUCUUUGCGGUCACAUUCGUGCUGUCAAUCGUAUGGUGAAUACUUUUCAAUGUCAGAUACAGUGGCCGGUAUGACACUGUUGGCCGUCGGGAACGCAAUGCCAGAUCUGGUGACAAGUGUUAUAUUCGUGAAGAAGAGGGCAGAUAUGGCCGAUAUGGCCAUCUGUGGUGCCAUUGCCUCCAAUCGAUUUGCUAUACUCAUUGGUCUGGGCUUUCCCUGGGCUGUCAAGUGUUUGACCAAUUGGGCGCUCAAUAAGUCCUACUUCUGGAACUACAUCCCAUUGAACAGCAGUUCCCUUCCCUUCACAUCACUCGUACUCUUGACGGCAAUUUCGUCGGCUCUGAGAAAAGGCCGGAACACAGAC